AUGCCCGUCAAUCUCAGCAACUGGCGAGAAGCACCGCACAAUGUCUGGGGGUUCAUACAUGUUGAAGAACUCCUCAUGACACAACCCAUUUGGAAGGGAACAAGCUUAAAGGAGUUACCGACUGGAGAGCACAAUGCUUUCGAUGGAUUUGACGUCAAGUCGAUGAACUUGAUGGCCCUGCUGGACUACACCCAUACUGAUGGCUUCAUCGUCCUACAUAAGGGGAAAAUCAUCCAUGAGCACUACACGAACGAUAACGAUGCCAGCUCGAAACACAUCAUGUUCUCUAUGACCAAGUCGGUUACUGGUCUGAUAGCCGGUAUUCUGCACCAAGAAGGAAAGCUGGACCUCAAGGCGGAAGUCAAGGACUACGUUGCAGAGGUCAGCAGACUCUACGACGGCGUUACAGUACAGCAAUGUCUCGACAUGCAAACGGGUGUCAAGUACGACGACAACAAGCACGAGUAUCGAGCAGCUUGUGGCUGGGAGCCUCUUGAUGGCUCGGAGAAGUGCAAGACUCUGCGGGAAUUCCUCCAGCAUGUUGAAGCUCCUGUCGACGAGACGAAAGGCUUCAAUUACUGUUCUGUUAACACUGAUCUUCUGGGCUUGGUGAUAGAGAAGGUCACCAACCGCAAGCUGCCAGAGUUGAUCCAGGAGUUGUUGUGGCAGCCCAUGGGUGCAGACAGUAACGCAGCCAUAACCAUAGAUUCCGAGGGCAGUCCACGAGCAGCAGGCGGUAUGUGCGCCACGCUUCGCGACAUCGCACGAAUCGGUCAACUACUGACCGAUAGCGGACGCGGCAUCGUACCGAAAUCCUGGAUCGAUGAAAUACUCAAUGGAGGCAAUGACGAGAAGUUUACCAAAGGCCAGUGGAGUCCUGCAUUCAAACCUUCCUUCGAAACCCCGGCGUAUCAUAAUUGCUGGGUUACAGAUCCGGGGACGAAGACUCUUGUUGCGUUGGGUGUUUUUGGGCAGCAGUUGAUGAUCGACCUUGAGCAUGAUAUCGUUAUGGCGAAGACGAGCUCGCAGCUGACAAGUUCGGAGUUCGAUAAGAUGAUGUUGGGUUCCGCUGCGUUCCGUGAGAUCCAGAGGAUCUUGGGCGUUUGA